GUAUAUAUCCGCCAUUGCUGCUCAUUGCUUCUUCUUCCACCUCACACUCACACACACGCACAGGCAGAGAAUGACGUAGGACUCAUGCUGCGAAAAAACGCUGCCAGCUUCUUAAAUGGGGCGUUUGUUAAUAUAUUUCCACUGAACUGAAAAGUUGUUUUAACUGUGUUUUCAAGGAGAAAAACGAAAUGCCCUUCACGGCACUAUAGUUUGGUAUUUUUUUGGACAAGCAGUAUACAUAUUCAUCCGCUUCUACAUGAGUGUGUCAAGAGCACAUCUAGUAGGACCCGGAUGGACUGUCAUGGCCGCCGUCGCUGUGGAUCCAUAGAGAGGAGGAGAGAAGAGAGAAGGAAAGCAAAAUGUUUCUGCUUCUCUGUGUGUUUUUUUCUUUUACACUAACCUCCUUUUUUUUAUGAUGCCCGGACGUUUGACUGAGACGCCGCCUGAACUUCCAUCGAGUUCAUAGCACCGUGGCAACACUGCGAGCUCCUCUUCUUCAGACACGACAUGCAUUAAUGUGAGUUUGUCCUAAAGGAGUACAGAUCAUCUGUAGAUUUACAACUAUGGAAGAAGACCUCAUGAUACUAAACGAUUCUGCCAAAAACUGCAACAUAUCAGUAAUUGGGGAUGAAAAAGAAAAGGUAAAAGACUUUGUGUAUAAGCAUUUCAGAGAAGUGACGGAUGGGUCACUCUUCAAUAAUGCAGAAGAAUCUUCCAUUAAGGAACAUGGAAGUUCCCCCAAGAAAGAUAAACAAGCUCUCAAUAAAGCCCAUUGCAAAAUUCAGCAAGGGGCCGUUUUCUCUGGAAAGAUUCUUAGUUUUGGAUGCUCUGUGUGUAAAGACGAUUCCACAUAUAGCCCCAAUGAUCUCCUCAAACAUUUCCGAGCGGCCCAUAAAGAAACCCUUCCUACGUACCCUUGUGACCUGUGUGGCUUUGUCACGAACGAGUUCCCCGCUCUUCAACGCCAUCGGAUUGAGCACAGGAAUACUCUGGUUACAUGUGAGCUCUGCGACAAUGAUGUUCAGUACUCUCUGCUGUUGCUCACCAGACACUACAUCAUGUGUCACAGCCUAAAUGGACAGUUUAACUGCGAAUGGUGUGAGUUUACAACUCUGGACGCAGGUACUUUCGUCCAGCACAUUCACCAUCAUAAUGAGAGUCCUUGGAAGUGUUCAAAAUGCCGACACAUCUGCUCGAACGAAGAGGAUCACCAGAAGCAUAAGAAAGCUCACUCGUGUACAUUCCCCUUCACUUGUCAGGUCUGUGGAUAUGGUGCAGCAAGAAGCGAGAAUCUUAAAAAACACAUGGCUGCUGUUCACAAAGAGGAGAUUGAGAGAAGGAACGCACUGAAGGCUAUCGAAGACAGCGUAACUCCAGCAAAUUCAUCGGCAAGCUUAAAACUUUUGCUGAAAAAGAGUGGUGACUCACAGGAGGCUCAGAGGAUAUCAAAACUGAACUGUCUUUCUGGGAGUUUACCAAACCAAAAUGGCAGGCUAAUCAAACCAGAGAUAUCCAUCGAUGAGACCCACCACUUUGUUGAUGCAAAAAAGGAAAACAAACAUUCUGGCAAAGGCUCUCAUAAUACAGAGCAGUCAAUGCCAGUAAUGUUACAGGAAUGGGACAACUCUGCAAGUUCUGAUGCUGCAAGUCACACCAGUCCUAAUGGACUGACUGUUCUGAUGGUUAAGAACAAAAUCUCUCUACCCCCCAACUGUACAACCAAAGUGAUGGGAUUCAAGAUGGUUGAUGGCAAAAAACACUUAGUUCUCAAAGUAAUACCAACAUCUAAGCAAGAUUCAUCCACUCAGAACCAUUCCUUCGUUGAAGAUGUGGGCUCCUCACCACCAAAUCCUGUGUUGGAUAAAAGUAAAAUCUCUAAUGAGAAUGGGGAAUGCUCUAAUAGCAAGAACUUAACAUCACAUUGUUUUGCUCUUUCGCCAAGAAGUGGAUCUUGCUUACAGAUGGAUCAAGAUGAUAUUAUGGCAGUAAAAGUAAAGAUUGAGGAGGAAGAAACCGCUGUUUGCAACCUUGAUUCUACCCCACCUAGAGAUGAUGUUGGGGAGCAAACUAAUCCUUUACUAAGUAGGUCGUCGACCUCUGCAGAUACGUUAUAUCCCAUGACAAAUGAGUUUGAUAAUGUGGGUGACCAAAGUUACCCAAGUCAAACAACCUGCUCAGAGAGAAGUAAGUUUGGUAAUAACUCAGUCUCUGCAACAUCUAACUCUGAUGCAACCUGCCAUAGUGGUUCUCAAAUGAGUAAUACUUCAACCAUGUGUGCUGGUAAGGUUACUGGUUUAACUUCACCUUUAAAAGUUGCUCAGGAAACAUUACUUUCCAAACAAGUCUCCAAAGAAGCUAUUGAAAACUGUGGGGCUGCACAUGAGUUAGUAAUGUCUGAUGCAGAAGCAGACAAAUUCAUUGACGAACACAAAGACAAUAUCACUACAGAAAAUGAUGACCAAUCUUCUCAGAGUACUCAUGAAGAAACCGAUGGGGUUAGAACUGUGAUUGAACAUAAAAACAGCAAGCAACAUUAUAAAAAGCUUUCGACUAAUCCAGCGGCUCCAUCAGAGUCAUCCCCACACACUUCAGGUAGCCGCAGAGAAAGUGCCAUGGGCUCCGAAAACUGCACACACAAUUCACCAAACCAAGAAGUAUUUUCUUUUCACAAUUAUUCCAAGGAGACAUUUGGCUCUUCACCUAACACUACCCAAAACUUUGACAAUAUGUCUGAUCAUUCAGCAGACAAGGAAAGUGUUUGUGAAUCAUCACAGUUUAGCUUGACAUUGGCAGAGUCUCCAGAACCAUUCACAGAAAGCGGCAAUGGGGAAGACUCAAGUCAAGAAAAGGUGUUGGAUAGUGACAUUGAGGUUGAUGAGUGCAUAGCUAGUGUUGACGAUCCUGCCACCGAGGAUGAAAAUCCUGAGUCAGUGCUCCAAGACUUUAAUAUUAUCAAAAUCGAGGAAGAGAGCAUUCCUAUAUGCAACAAACAGUCAGAAACGAGGAGUAGUUCAACUCUCUUGGGCAGUUUUGUGGAGGAACAUUCAGAUGCGAUCAUUACCCAACAACUUAAUAAGGAAAGAGUUGGAUCUUCAAGUAAUGAUUCUUUAAAACAAACAAAAACGACUCUACGAAUUCUUCAAUUGCCAGAGGGUAAGCAGUCAGUACUCCUGAGAACUACUGAGAAUCGAUUUGCAGUGCCGAUGCAGGUCAAGGCCACUCCAGGUUUCAAACUGAUAACCAAUUCUGCAAAUCCUCAGAUCAAUGUAUCUUAUAUGAAGCCAGGAUCAGAAAGAGAAAGUAACCCUACUGGAAUAACCCUUACUCAAAACAGCAGAAGGAUAGGUGUAUCAGCGCCAAAGGCAGGAACUGCUGAAAAAGGGACAACGCUUCUCUCUGCUGUUCAACCAGGUGUUGGCACCACCGCAAAUCACUACCUUAUCAACAGCCCAGGUUUUAAGGGUCCCGUAUUCCUUUCAAGCACACCACAUAGUUCACCUACAGACAAAACAGCAAAGACACAGCCAACUUGCUACUUGGUACAGAGGUCUGUUCCAUUUGUUCAGACCCCCAAUGCUCCUGGCCUCAGACUGGCAAGUACACAACUCCCACUGAACUCGCGGCCAGUUCUGGCCAUGCCCGUGAGCUCUGCAGACAAACCCAGCACUCUGCAGACUGGUCGCCAGGCGUUCUUGCUGCGAUACAUUUCUCCACCCAAAUCAGGCUUACGAUUGAGCAACCAAGAUGCAAAGACUGGCACUCAGUGUAGCCAGACCAGUGAAAGUACUGGAAACAAAGUCAUAUUUAAAAUUGUCUCUCCUACCGGUAGCCGUCUUACAAGUGGUGCUCACACCUCAAGCAGUCAACCUUUGUUUUUGGCCACCAGACCUCAGACCCAAUGUUUUCUUGUGUCGUCAAACAAAACAAAUGCAAAUUCCUCUAAUGGAGUAAAGAAAUUAAUCUCCAUACAAAAUACUGCACAGAAAGAUGUCAUGGAAUCUUGCAUGUCACCCUCUCGGAUGAAUGUAAAGCUACAAACGUGUGAAGCAGAGAAACCUAUCCUAGCCCCAAGGCCAAUUCGGCCUCCAAGCCAAAGGAAAAGACGCAGGAAACCAUUAUUUGACGAACUUCCAGCAACGGUGCAUAAAGCUAGAAGACUCACAAAUAGGGUAAUGACUGAGAGAGAGACUGUGUUAUGGAAGCCUGUAGCCAAAGAAGUUGAAAGGACACUAAGGCUUGCCCCAUUCAGUUCUCUACAGGAGAUCAAAUGCCCUCGUAGAUACCAACCUGUAGUGGUGCUCAAUCAUCCAGAUGCUGACAUUCCUGAAGUGGCCAAUCUCAUGAAGGUGGUUAACAGGCACAAAGGGGCUGUCACUAAGGUCUCACUGUCUCAGAAAACAAUCCAAGCUCUCUCUGAGCUCGGUGCUCUGUCGGAGAAUUCCUCGACCAAAGGUGCAUCAUCUCACAGCGAUGAUCCAAGACCUCGGCCAGUUCAGAGUUCUGUCCGAGAGCGAUUCCUCCUGAAAAUGAAGUUAAGGAAAAAAAGCAGAAGAAAGUAUGAGGUAGUGGACACUCUAUCAGGUCGUAGAGAAGAGCAUGCGGUGUUUGACUGCUGGUUUUGUGGUCGGCUCUUCGACAACCAAGAAGAUUGGAUUGGCCACGGCCAGCGGCACCUCAUGGAGGCAACUAGAGACUGGAAUAAACUGUUCUGAAAGUUUUCUUCACCUUGAAAUGGGAUGACAUUCUGUCCUUUUUGAGGUGGAACAAAUGGUUGAAGUUGUAUAUUUUUUAAUGACCUUCCACUAUACGUUUGUUUAAUUUCUGUUCCUGUAAAUACAUAUUCUUAAAUAAAUCAUAGUUUAUCUUUUCAUAGGUGCAUUUUCUGGUAAAUUAUGUACUGCAAGCAUGAUUUUAUAUCAUGCAUGCACAGGUCAAAUUGAACUGUGAAAAUGGUACACUGUAAUUAGGAGUUGUGGUAAGAGCACUAUCUUAAAGAAAGGGGAUAAUAUCAGCAAAGGUUGUAAGUAGAGCUGGAUUAAAUUACUCAGGUGAUUUCAUAUUAAUCUGGUUCGUCAUUUUUGCUCAAAUUUUUUGCUUCAAUUAAGCAGAGGCCUAGUUUAAGGGACUUUUGUAUCUUUUAUUAUCCUACACAUGAGGAUGGGAAACUAUUUGUAUAGCGUAACUCUAAAGCUUGUAGUCAAAUUCCUUUGUUCUGCGCUUCUGAUGAAAAAUUGUUCUUGUCCAAAUUAUUCCAUUUUGUAUGAUGUUUUUAUUUGAAGGGGAUAUAAUUUUCCUCUAUUCUAUCUUCAGGAUUAGUUUACAGUUUCCUCGUCAGGGUUUUGUCAACCUGUAGCAUGUGCUUGUUAUAACUAGAUCUGAGAUUUUUCACAAUAAUCUCUUUAAUCCUGUUGCAAAUAGACACGGUUUUAUAAAACACUUUUGCAGAGAAGAGAAAUCCUGUAUCUGUUCAACAUGGCUCUCUGUCAGUACUAGAGAAAGACAGAUUUUACACCCUAUGCAGUUUCCAUGCAACAAUAUAUCUAUUUUUUUGUCAGCAGCUCAGACUGUUUACUUGUGCUCAUGUUGUGAAUCACGAGAAUCCACAUUUUGAUUUACCAGUUUUUCGAUAAAUCUUAAAGGUCCCAUGAA